ACCAAUAGUAAAAAACGUCUGCCGAGUCGGACUUCGCCGGAAUCUAUGAAUCCACCACCGUCGCUUCCGUUCCCUCGAAACCCUAACCCUAUUUUCGCCUACCAUCCUACUCCCCAAAACCCUAAUCCCAAUUUCUCCUUCCAACCUCCUCCGCAGAAUCCUAACCAGUACUCCGUCGCUCCUCCUCCUCCACCGGUUCGCGAGCUCCCUGGAGCUCUUGCCUCCCUAAAAUCUCUGGUUUCUCUUUGUGAACGUACCCUAGAUUCUUUCUCCCAAACCCUAGCUUCAGAUUCUCUCUCUCUUCUUCGGAAGGACGAACAUGUUGGUUUUGUUCGUUGCCCUUUUAAUCCGAAUCACCUCAUGCCGCCGGAGGAUCUCUUCCUCCACUCACUCCGGUGCCCACCGCCUCUGGAUCUUACUCACCAUCUCGGUUCCCCUAGUAAUUAUCGCAAUACGGUCGAGCCGCCGUAUGAAUUGCCGUUGAACCGCAGUGGCGAUGACCUCUGUAUCUAUUUGGAUGAUUUUGCCGAUUUUUCUUCUAGCUUCUUCUACAAGGAUUGCCCAGGUGUGGUUAACUUAUCUGAGCUUGAUGGGAGGAGGAGAGCGCUCACACUGCCGAGUGUAUUGUUCGUAGAAUGCUGCGAUUUCGUAGGUUCCACUGAGACAGAUAAAAAGGGUAUGUUGGGAAAACAGUUUGUCCUAUUGCCAUCGGAUUUAUGGGCGAUAAGAAAUGAGAUUGAUGCAUGGAGGGAUUACCCCAGAUCGUAUUCGUUCGGUGUUCUUUCUGCGAUUCUAGGUUUAGAAAUAGUUGGAAAGAGUAACGUGAAAAUGUGGAUUUUGGCCAAUUCUCCAAGAUAUGGUGUCAUAAUCGAUACAUACACGAGGGAUCAUAUGUUUAUGCUCCUUAAGUUGUGUUUGAAAGCAAUUGUGAAAGAAGCUCGUGGAUUGGCAGAGUUUGAUGCCAAUGCCGAUGACGAGAAUGGGAAUGAGCAUGCUGUGAGUUUGAAAAGUAGACGAUUUGAGUGUGCAAUCUUGGUUCAAGUAGUGACAUGGUUAGCUUCUCAACUGGCUGUCUUGUAUGGAGAAGGAAAUGCCAGGUUUCUUGCUUUAGACAUGUUUAGACAGUGCGUAAUAGAAUCAGCUUCCCAAAUAACGAUGUUUCAGUCAGAAGGAAAUAUAACUGUGCAUCCUAAACAUGAAUGUUCUGGAGUUCAAGAGGAUUCAGAAUCAGUAGACGCAAACAACAGUAGUGAGGAUGUGAAGGCAGAGGAGUCAUUUGAGAGUAGUUCAGGGGGAAAGGGUAAAAGUUCAGCGGAUGCCCAGGCGAUAUCCGUGUCCCGUGUUGUGGCAGCCGCUGCUGCACUGCACGAAAGGUCCCUGCUUGAAGGGAAAAUAAGGGCAAUUCGAUUUACCCAACCACCAACAAGAUAUCAACGGAUGAUGGAGCAUGAUGCUAUGACAUCAAAAGCUGAUGAGGAGCGGAAAAAACGUCCCGGUUACAGACCUGUCAUUGAGCACGAUGGUCUUCCCCGGCAACGAUCGUCAAACUACGAAUUCAACAAAAUGAAGACGAAAGAAGAGCUUAUGGCUGAAGAAAGGGAUUACAAACGCCGGAGAAUGACAUACCGUGGUAAGAAGGUGAAGCGAACGCCUCUGCAGGUCUUACGGGAUAUAAUAGAAGAAUAUACUGAAGAAAUUAGAUUAGCAGGAGGUAUCGGGUGCUUUGAGAAGGGACCCGAGGAGGGAAUGGUGUUGCCCUCCCCGUCUUCUACUGGCAAUGGCAGGAAAGAAUCUGACUUUGACUACAGUUCUGCAUCAAAAUCGUCAGAUCCUUCACUUAGAUUCUCUAAGAAAACGAGAGUGGGCAAUGAAGCGGAUAGUGAUUAUUCCACGGACUAUAGGAUGAGCACUGAUAAAGAAAAGCCGUAUAAGGAGUAUGAUUCUGGUAGCUCUAGGAGACAACAAAGCCAUGGCGGUUACAGAUCAUAUGACCACGUUGAUCAUAGGAUCCUAAGGGAUACUCAUCGUUAUCGUAGUCGCAGAUCACCAUCUCGUCCUAAGGGUCCUUCAGAUUAUAAGAGGCAAAAGACUGUUCCCUAUGACUGUCGCAGUAGCCGGCGAGCUGAGGAACAAAAUGGUUUUGAAGACAGAUAUAAUCCAUCAGAAUGAGAAUUGAGUGUGUGUGUAUAUAUAUAUAUACACACACUCACGCCAUGCUUGCUUGCUAACAGCCGGUUUGAAGUAAGAUGUAGUGGGAGCUUAAGCUGUUAUGUGUCGACCCCGUAUCCUCCUUUGUAUCCUUAAUCAUAUGAUUUUUCUUCAUUCUUUCAAUCACCAGAACAUAAUGUUCUCAUCUCCUAUAGCGCUUGGCUUCCUACAGUUUCUGAGUAUAAUAAUGGCAUAUUCAGAAGGAUUUUUUCGCCACUGGUCUGAUCCCUUUUGUCUGCGUGUCGGUGUAUCUUCAGUUUCUUUUUUGCUUCUCUGGUUGUUUGUGACAGAUAUUGAAGUUCCUCCAAAUGUAAGAGAAGAUGAGAGCCCUCCGAAUCAAAGCACACGAAGAACGGGUGUCCUGGAAGAAUCAGAGCAUCUACAAGUAGUUGUCGGUAAAUUGUAUGCCCGUGGUGUUGAUUAAAUAACGCCUGAUGGUGACACGUGGCAUGAGAAAGGCACCGACUUCUCGGGCGGUCUACAAAGAGAGAGAUUGCUCCCCCGAGGAUUCUUCUCUUCACGAUGUGCGGAUGAAACGGCAAAGUCAUGUGGUUCCUCUUGCAUACAGCCAAAUGGUUAGCUGUGCUCUUGUCCAGUUGUGAAACGGCACACACUUUGACCCACCCUCCUUUUUGUCCCUCUUUGAAGUUGGAACUAAUUUGCUUGUGUUUUUUUAAUAUUAUAUAUUUGUUUUUAUUUCAUUAUUAAGCAUACAUUAGAACGAA